GAUUUAGACAAGAACUGAAGCAUUUGCGUGGCGUCAAGCUCGCUAGAGAAAUGUCGUGAAGUUUGGGCACGUUUCCGAGCACCGGAUAGGUCUAAAAGAUGGCGGAAGCUGAAACGAAGGACUUGGAUGCGGGAGCCCGCACCAAGAGCCGCGUCAAGUUUGCGGACGUCGCGGAUGAGCCCGUCAAACGGCAGGAGACAAACCUCUCUGUCCAGCAUAGCAGCAAGUCUGUUCGGAGUACCCGCACAGACACCUCAACAUGGCUAAACAGCAAAACCCGCAACCGCGGGAGGCGGCGAUGGAGGCGGUUCGUGAUGAAGUUAAACCCGCGGUACUGGAUUCACAUCCUCAACAAACGGCUACCCAUUCUCAUGCCGGAGACGCGGCAGCGCCGGUACUGGGACUUCUUCGUGUUGACACUGGUGGUGUGGACGGCGCUAGUUGUGCCUUUUGAGGUCGGGUUUGGCUCUAUCAACUUUCCAGGCGGCUAUCAAAUUGAGCGCCUCAUCGAUGCGUGCUUCUGGGUAGACGUGUGCCUGAACUUCCGCACCGCGUACAUCGACCACUCGGCCAAUAUGGUCCGUGAUGGCGCGAAAAUUGCGGGGCACUACAUUCGCACCUGGUUCUUCGUGGACCUGGUCGCCUCCAUCCCCUUCGACGUCAUCGUGCUGUGGUUCGUGAAGGACAUGAGCAGCGAGGGCCUCAUCGCGCUGGGCCUGCUGCGCACGCCGCGCCUGCUGCGCCUGGGCCGGCUGCUGCGCUACUUCGACCGCAUGAAGGGAGCCAACAUCGUGCGCAUGGGCAAGCUGCUGUUUUUCAUGGCGCUGGUGGCCCACUGGGUGAGCUGCCUGUGGUUCAUGCUGUACCGCAUCACGCACGGCAACCUGCAGUGGAGCUACGACCUGCUGACCAACGCCAAGAUCAUGACCUACUACGUGGAGGCCUACCUGCAGUCCUUCCUGCUCAUGAUCGGUAACGACAUCAACCCGCAGAACAACAUCGAGCGGCUGUACUGCACGGGCAUCCUGGUGAUCGGCGCCUGCUUCUACGCCAUCGUGGUGGGUCACAUGUCGCUGCUGGUCAACAACAUGAACCCCACCGCCUCGCGACACAAGUUCAAAAAGGACAUCAUCAACAACACCGUGCGCUACCUGGGCGCCCCCCGCGACAUCGCGGGCCGCAUCGACCAGUACUUUGACUACCUGACCACCUACAGCCACCCGGGCCCGGACGGCAUGGCGCUCAUCAGCCAGCUGCCCAGCAGCAUGUUCCAGGACAUAGCCAUCUGGAUGUACAAGGACCUGGUCACAAAGGUGCCCCUGUUCAAGGAGUGUGAGCCGGCCUUCAUCGCGCAGCUGGUCAUCCGGCUGCGGCUGGCCGUGUUCCUGCCCUCCGAGGUCAUCUUCCGAAUCGGCGACGUGGGCCACGAAAUGUACUUCAUCACAAAGGGCCACGUGGCGGUGCACAACGACAACGGCGAGAUGCUGGCCAUACUGCACAAGGGCGGCUUCUUCGGCGAGCUUGCGCUGCUGGCCACCGCCCGCCGCACCGCGCAGUGCGUGGCUCUGUGCCACUGCGACCUCACGCUGCUCAUGGCGCACGACCUGGUGGCGGCCAUGAAGGACUUCCCGGACAGCGCAGAGAAGGUGCGCGCGCACGCCGUGAAGCGCCUGAACGACAUGCAGACGGCGGGCAAGGUGGCGCGCGAGGCGCACUCCUACCCCGCGCCCCGGCACCUCAAGAAGCUCAACCCCGCAGCCGCCGAGGCAGAGGCCGACCUGGCGGCGGCCGCGGCGGCGGCAGGCCACGGCGGCGCCAGCGGCGGCGGCACCGGCGGCGGCUACAUGCCCGUGGCCCCAUUAGGCCGAUCAGGCCUGCCCUCGCCCGGCCCCGGCGGCAGCAGGCAGGACGGCGGCGGUGGCGGUGGGGGCGGAGGGCCGCUGGCGCUGCCGUCGCCGGGCGGCGAUGGUGGGGGCGGCGGCGGAGCCGCCGCCGACGGCGCAGGAGGCGCGGAGGGCGGCGGUGGGCAGCAGGUGGUGGCGGGUGGUGGUGGCGGUGGUGGUGUGGACUUGUCGGCGAGCACGCUGCAGCUGGUGGAGCAGGUGCAGGCCACCAUAGGGCGCCUGACGGGGAAGAUCGAGGCGCUGCAGGGCAAGAUGGGCAAGAUCCACACGCGGCUGGGGCGAGUGGAGGCCAACCCCAACAUCUUCAGCGCCGGCCCGCCCAUGGGUGGCAUGGGCGCGGACCCUGGCGGCGCCAACAAGAACAUCUUCGACGUGGACUUCACGGGCGGCAUGUAGACCCAGGUGUAGUCCUGGCGGGCAUGUAGACCCAGGUGUAGUCCUGGCGGGCAUGUAGGCUCACACGUGACUUGUGUGGGUUGCGCUGGCGGCGCCACCACGUGGCGAUGGCGGGGCAGGGACAGGGGCAGGCGGCUGGGCAGGCCUGCAGCGGCGGCCCGUAGCGGCGGUGCCGCGUCAGGCGGGCUGGGGCCGUGUGCGCAUGGGUUUGGUGGUUGCUGGCUCUGUACUCCUAGCCGAGUUACGAGGGCUGCGCGGCUCUGCGGUCACGCCCCGGUUCCACGCAGUGCAAUCUGCUUGUCGUUGUCUGCUGCUUUGAUGGGGUUCAGGCCGUGGAGUGAGGCCGGAUGUGGCCUCAGCUCGUAGGUGCGGCCGUGCACUGACUGUGUGACAUUUGGUGUGUGACCGGAGUUGACAACCACUAAAAGACCUCCUUGUGGGCAAUCUCAUUGCACUGGGCAUAGCUGCCGAAGCUUCAUCAGCGGUAUGCGCGCGUUGCCUCCACCUAACGACUCCACUUAAAGACAGCGACUUCUAUGGGCUUUUGCCUUUCAUUCUCUUGCACGGGUGGUGAUAAACUUGGUAUGCCGCACAGCAUGCGUGCCGCAAGAGGCAGGCAGGCGGCGUUGACGGCACAAUGCGGUGCGCGUAUGGACGUGACGUUGGGAAUGAGUCAGUCACACGUGACCAUUGCAGCUGCUAGCUUUGUGCUAGAAGAGGGGGUUUGCGUGCGGAUUCAUCAUGAGCAUACUUGUGUCUUGCGGGUGCAAUAGAAUGGUAUUGGUGUUCCGUGCUGACAGUGGGAUAGGAAUGCACAGUGUGUGGUCCAAUUGUAUAUGCAUGGCCACUUGGGCGCAAGGGUCGCACGCAGACGUGGCUGUUAGUUCUCAUGAGCCCCAGGCGUGGGGUGGGCUUGCGGGGCUGAAACAGUGCUCCGCGCCUUUGCUGAAUGAUGGUCGAGGUAUGAGUGUAUGACGUCGGAAGUGCGGAAGGAUGCGACGAAUGCUGGGCGCGGCUCGGGACAAGUGCUGGACAAGUCAGAAGGACACGAUGCGCUUCUGUAUCCAGCUUAGUUG